AUGCCUCCCAAGAAAUCACCAGCAAUGUUGAAAAGGCUGAAACCUCUAACAUAUCACCUAGAGGUUUGCAUACACACAAUAUUAUUUGUCCGACGCAUCUAUCCUACGGAACUAUUUACAAAGAGGAAGAUAUAUGAUGCACCUGUGUAUCAAUCAAGGCAUCCGGAUCUCAACAAGUAUAUCAGUGGCGCAGUCAAAAGUGUUGGAGAUGAGCUAACUGGCAAAAGUGGCAAAAGUAAUCUGGCUAUCGGUGUUUAUUGCAAAGCACUGACUUUCAAUAGCAUAGAAUCUGCAAUGACGGCCCCUGUGCUAGCUCAGUAUUUUCGGUCAUUUUUAAUCCGAUUAGGAAUGCUUGAUUCUUAUCUGGGAGUGAUCCCUGCCCAAUGGGAUCCUACAUUUGCUGUCGUGAUGGAAAUGAAGGAAGGGAACAUUCCAUCCGAGCCUUUGACCAAGGCCGUCAUACUGAACAUUAGAAGCCCAAAGUCAAGGAAAAGCCUCCACGGGAGUGGGUUCCCGCUAUCCUACAGAAUACUACUGAUGGAACCACCGCCGAAGCAGAGAACCACAUUAUCAGGGCUGUGGAUACUGCUUUCAUUAAUUGUUCAAGAAUCAGAGGAAAAACUCUUGCGUGUAGCGACACAGGAAGAUA